CGCGCGGCCAUGAACCUGGAGCGGCUGCGGAAGCGCGUCCGACAGUACCUGGACCAGCAACAGUAUCAAAGUGCUCUAUUUUGGGCAGAUAAAGUAGCUUCACUCUCUCAUGAGGAACCCCAGGACAUUUACUGGUUGGCUCAGUGUCUGUACCUAACAGCACAAUAUCAUAGAGCAGCUCAUGCACUUCGGUCACGAAAACUGGACAAACUAUAUGAAGCAUGUCGCUACCUUGCAGCUAGAUGCCAUUAUGCUGCAAAAGAGCAUCAGCAGGCUCUUGAUAUUCUUGAUAUGGAGGAGCCAAUCAACAAAAGGUUAUUUGAGAAAUACUUGAAGGAUGAAAGUGGCUUGAAAGACCCCUCCAGUGACUGGGAAAUGUCACAGUCUUCGAUAAAGAGUUCUAUUUGUCUCCUACGAGGGAAGAUCUACGAUGCCCUGGAUAACCGAGCUCUAGCUACCUAUAGCUACAAAGAAGCUUUGAAGCUCGAUGCCUACUGUUUUGAAGCAUUUGAUCUUUUAACAUCACAUCACAUGUUGACAGCCCAAGAAGAAAAAGAACUUCUUGAGUCACUACCUCUUAGCAAGCUCUGUACUGAAGAACAGGAAUUGCUACGCUUUCUCUUUGAGAACAAAUUAAAAAAGUAUAAUAAACCUAGUGAAACUGUCCUCCCCGAGUCUGUAGAUGGUUUGCAAGAGAAUCUGGAUGUGGUAGUGUCUUUAGCUGAAAGACAUUAUUAUAACUGUGAUUUUAAAAUGUGCUACAAGCUUACUUCUGUAGUAAUGGAGAAAGAUCCUUUCCAUGCAAACUGUUUACCUGUACAUAUAGGGACACUUGUGGAGCUGAAUAAAGCAAAUGAACUUUUCUAUCUUUCUCAUAAGUUGGUGGAUCUAUAUCCUAGUAAUCCUGUGUCUUGGUUUGCAGUGGGAUGCUACUAUCUCAUGGUUGGUCAUAAAAAUGAACAUGCCAGAAGAUAUCUCAGCAAAGCAACAACACUUGAGAAGACUUACGGGCCUGCGUGGGUAGCAUACGGGCACUCGUUUGCAGUGGAGAGUGAGCACGACCAGGCCAUGGCUGCCUACUUCACGGCCGCACAGCUGAUGAAAGGGUGUCAUUUGCCAAUGCUGUACAUUGGAUUAGAAUAUGGAUUGACCAAUAACUCAAAAUUGGCUGAAAGAUUCUUUGGCCAAGCACUAAGCAUUGCACCAGAAGACCCAUUUGUUAUGCACGAGGUUGGCGUGGUUGCGUUUCAGAACGGAGAAUGGAAAACAGCAGAAAAAUGGUUCCUUGAUGCUUUGGAAAAAAUUAAAGCAAUUGGAAAUGAGGUAACAGUUGACAAAUGGGAGCCUUUGUUGAACAACUUGGGGCAUGUCUGCAGGAAGCUUAAAAAGUAUGCCGAGGCCUUGGACUAUCACCGUCAGGCGCUGGUGUUAAUUCCCCAGAACGCAUCCACGUAUUCUGCCAUAGGGUAUAUCCAUAGUCUGAUGGGCAACUUUGAAAAUGCUGUUGACUAUUUCCACACAGCUCUUGGUCUUAGGCGAGAUGAUACAUUUUCUGUUACAAUGCUUGGUCAUUGCAUUGAGAUGUACAUUGGUGAUUCUGAAGCUUACAUUGGAGCAGACAUUAAAGACAAAUUAAAAUGCUAUGACUUUGAUGUGCAUACAAUGAAGACACUAAAAAACAUUAUUUCACCUCCGUGGGAUUUCAGGGAAUUUGAAGUAGAAAAACAGACUACAGAAGAAACAGGGCUUGCACCACUAGAAACCUCAAGGAAAACUCCAGAUCCCAGACCUUCCUUGGAAGAAACCUUCGAAAUUGAAAUGAACGAAAGUGACAUGAUGCUGGAGACCUCUAUGUCAGACCACAGCACAUGAUUGCAGACAGCUCUCAGCUCCAUUUUGUCCUGGGGGAGGUCAGGGUUUCCUCACAUCCUUGUCCUAUCUUCAGAAUUCCCCAUUUCUUGACACGAAGGCAGACUGCACCUCUCCGUUUAGGCAUAGAGACGUGCUGGAAGAGACCGGACUGCACACCUUUGCAACACAUGUUUUCUGAUUCUACAAAACAAUUCUGUGUAGAGGAAUAAAGAGGUAAAUUGUG